AAUGGAGGAAGUUGUGAAGCAACAUCCUCACUGGAUUAACUAUCGUGAUUGGACAGCAUCAUGUCAAUCAACCGCCUGUGAAAGUGAAUAUUUAAAAAUCACAUUUGCAUCUACAUUUGAUAUUGCCGAAAUUUGCAUUGAGCAAAGAAUACAAAUCGCCUCUGAAUUAAUUAAACAAGUUAAACUAGAGUUCAGUAAUGGAGCUAGCUACGUUGUUCAACUUGAUAAUAUCAACUUUGAAAAAUGUUUUCUCUUACCUAAUUCAACAGGUGAAAAUACUGAAUGGAUAAAAGCAACAGCCUUAAAGGGCUAUGGAACAUAUAACUAUGGAUUGGGAAGUGUCUUGGCAUACACCUUUCAAGAAGGUAUAUAUCAUUUUGUAAAUGAUUCUCCACUAGGAGUAUGGGAAAAAACGUCCUUGGGAAAAACGUCCCUGGGAAAAAACGUCCCAAGGUGGGAAAAAACCUCCCAAGGUUGGGAAAAACAAGUAGUGGGAAAAGAUAUUUGA